AGCGGCCUGCACCGCACGCCGCUGAGCGGCGGCGUGCAGAACGCCACGCUGCGCUGCGACCUGCCCUCCCCCGCGGUGGCAGUGCGCAACCUUGUGGAGCAGGCGCAGUUUGCGCACCUGUGCACCGUGAUGAGCAACAUGCACCACCGCCGCGCCGGCUACCCCUUUGGCUCGCUCGUCGACUUUGCGGCAGACGGCGCGGGGCACCCGGUCCUGUCCCCGCUGGCCAUCCAGACGCGCAACCUGCUGGAGGACCCGAGGUGCAGCGUGGUGGUGCAGAUGCCGGGGUGGACGGGGCUGGCCAACGCGCGGGUCACCAUCUUUGGGGACGUGCACAAGCUGCCGGGGCCGGAGCUGCAGGAGCAGGCGCAGGAGAUCUUCCACAGCAAGCACGCCACGCGCGCCAACCGCGGCGGCCGCUACGUGUCGGGCAACUCGGUGUUUUUCCGCAUGAACCGCAUCCUGGACAUCUACUUUGUGGGAGGCUUUGGCACCGUGCAGUGGGUUGAUGUGGAGGAGUACAGCCGGGUGCAGCCAGACAGCAUCGUGCUGUGCAACCCCAGCCGCACGCUGCAAGUCCUCAACGAGACGUACUCGGCCCGGGUGCGGGAGCUGCUGUCGCGGCGCGACCUGCCCGCAGACGACGCCGCCUUCAUCUCCAUCGACGGCCGCGGCGCGGAUGUGCGGGUGCGCACCGGCGGCGAGUACAGCGUGGAGCGCAUCGGAUUCGACCAGGCA